CCCCGCCAUGUUUUUUUGUCGCUGCGGAUGGUUGACUUACAUCCAGUUCUGGUCAUUCCACGGGUUUGGACAUAUCCAUGGAUGGCUGGUGGUGCAGGAGGAUCAUUGUAGCGGCAGGUGUUAUUCCCUCUUGGUAAAGGACAAUUCCAAAGUACUGGGGAAUUCUGCUCGGAUUCCAGGCACGGUAGACCUGGCGCACUACGGAAAACCAGACUUGCCACUGCCAGUGUCUUUCCACAUUUUUUCCGUAUGGUGAGAGCCCUUGGUCUUUUAGCAACAACAAACAAAGAACACCGGCCCUCCAGGGGCUUUCUCCCGCCAUCAUGAAGAAGAUUGAAGACUUCAAGGUCCGGCCUCAGGUCAACGACACACAGAAGGACUGGAACCACAAACAUGCGGCCAAGAUAUUCAUCCACAACUCGGUCUUUAUGUCGUCGGGCUUCACAACCGGCCACCUGUGCAAUGUAGAGUGCGGUGACAUCUUCAGGCAGGCCGUCGCCUGGCCCAACCUCGACAAGCAGCACGGCCCCAAUGUUGCGGGUGUCAGCAGGGCCUUCCAGAGAUCCUCGGGUCUGCGGCUCGACACGACAACCCGCAUCGUCCCGGGUGCUGGCCCGGUGCCGGACGCCGGGCUUGUCAUUGUGCGAGACGUCACUGCCGACGCCGCCCCUUUGACCGCACAGGAACAGAUCCGCUGGCAGGUCGCCUUGGAGCUUCGGCUAGAAACUGCCGACUACAUCUUCCCCGGGAUGGAGUUUGAAGAAAUCGUCCUACGCGGCACAAAGAGGUCGUUCAGCGUCCUCUCGAUAAACUCGGCAACUGACGGCGUCGCAAAGUUCCACCCCAUCGAGACAGUGGUCGAAUUCGCAGGAGAGGACGAGGCGAGCGCGGCGACUGCAAGACUUCAAAUCUCUUCAGUACCAGGCCUCCAGCGCCAGGUCGACGAGCUCAACUGGCUUUUCGAAGACUUCAAUACCGACUACGAGGAUGCUACCAUCCCCCUCCAGCCCUAUGGCAUUGUGAUUCACGGCAGUCGCGGCACGGGCAAGUCCCUGCUCCUCGACCGCAUCGCGUCGAGCAAGUGGGGAAGAGUGGUGCGGCUCGACGAGGAGAGCAAAGCACCAGCGGUCAGAGACCAUUUCAAGACGGCCGUCGAGUCUCGCUCACCAACUACAAUCUUGAUCGACGACAUUGGCGAGCUCAUCGGCAAGGGCAAGACGAGCCAGAAGGCAUUCGUUGCAGCCCUGGCUCAGGGACUCGACGACCUCGCCGCGAGAGCACACCAGACGAGGACAAAGCCUAAAGUUCUCGUCGUUGCCACCUGCCUCGACUACAUCACAGACAUACCCGAGGAACUCCAGCGGGAGAACCGCUUCCGGGAACACAUCUCUUUACCAGUUCCUGACGCCACGGGCCGUAAAGAGAUUCUGGCCUCAUGGAGCCCCCCGUUCAACCAAGAGACGUUCGACUCGCAGAUUGCGGCUCUCGGCGACCGCACCCACGCAUACACAGCCGCGGACUUGUCGAAACUGCUGUACCGAGCCGCCAGAGCAACGAGACACCGCACGGGCGGGCGUAAAGUACAUAUUUCCGAAGCCGACGUCAAGCAGGCACUUCGCGAGGUCCAGCCGAGCGCGAUGCACGAUAUCAAUCUCAAGCCGCCAACCGUGCGAUGGAGCGAUAUUGGCGGUUACAACGACGUCAAGCUGGCUUUGCAGAGAGUGCUUCAAAGGCCUGCUAACAUGACCACCAACCUCUGGAAACCGUCCAAGGGCAUCCUCCUCUACGGGCCGCCAGGCUGCUCCAAAACCAUGACCGCGCAGGCAAUGGCCACCGAGUCCGGGUUCAACUUCUUCGCCGUAAAGGGAGGCGAGCUGCUCAACAUGUACGUCGGCGAGACGGAGCGCUCGAUCCGGAACCUGUUCCGGCGCGCCAAGGACGCGAGCCCGAGCAUCAUCUUCUUUGACGAGAUCGACUCGAUCGCGGGGCCCUCCAGGUCCUCGGGGAACCCGUCCGCCUCGAGCGGCGGCGUGCAGGCCCUGACGACGCUGCUCACCGAGAUGGACGGCUUCGAGAAGAUGGGCGACGUCUUUGUCCUCGCGGCCACCAACAAGCCCGACUCUCUGGACCCGGCGCUCGUCCGGCCCGGGAGGUUCGACCAGGCUAUCUAUGUGCCCCUUCCUGAUGCCCCGGCCAGGGAGGCGAUCUUUGCGAACAAGGCACGGGAGCUGCGGUUCUCGUCAUCCUCGUCCUCGCCGUCCUCCAGCUCUCUUGAUGCUACUGCCACUGUCACAACAACCGACGAUGCCACCGCCCCAACCACAGCCAUGCAAACACCACCUGCAGACCAGCCAGCGACGCAAUCGACGACAAGUGCUGCAACAGCAGCGGCAUCAAUAGUAACGCCAGCACCAGCAGCAAAUCCUGGCCCAGGAGGCCUCGACCUCGCGGAGCUCGCCCGCCAGACCCAGGGGUACUCGGGCGCCGAGAUCGCGGGCAUCUGCGACAAGGCGUUCUGCGGGAAGUACGGCCCCCAGAGCGCGGAGCCGAUGGAGGUGCUGCGCGCGGCGAUCCGCGACACCCCGAGGGGCGUGACGCAGGAUAUACUGAUGCAGUUCGAGACGUGGCGGAUGCUGCGGCGGUAAAAAUGAUGAUGAUAUGGGGGACUUGAGGAAGGCGUUUGUUUUGUUUGGACAGAAUUUUUAAAAUAAAGAACCAUUGGGAGAGAUAGAGAGUCAUUGUCGAGCGUGGCCAACA